AUGACGUACUACGCCACGGGCCUCGGCGCCUGCGGCUGGACCAAUAAGGACUCCGAUUUCAUCACCGCGGUCGCCGCCAGCCUGUACGACUCGUUCGGCCUCUCCAACGGCAGCAAGGUGUGCGGCCGCAAGGUCAAGAUCUUCUACGGUGGCAAGAGCAUCACCGCCACCGUCGUCGACCGCUGUGUCGGCUGCGCACAGAACGACCUCGACCUCUCGCCCUCCGCGUUCAGCGCGCUGGCGAGCCAGGACAUUGGCCGCACCAAGAUGACGUGGACGUGGGCCUAA